GAGCGAGGUGUGUAGCCAAGAAGUCGUGUAAUUUGGAUAUUCCGCAUCGUCUCGCUGUCAUUUAACUUUUUUUGGAAUUUUACAUUAUUUUUUCGUUGACCGAUGAAGUAUCGAGAUAUGUCUGAUUUUAAUAAUCCUGAUCCACGUCAUAUUUAUCAGGAUCCGCCUCGGAUUAUCAGAAAAAUUCGUACUUUUGGAAUUCGGUUUCUAUUUUAUGACAUUUUUUUGUUGCGACAAACUACCCCCUUUUGUUCAGAGCGUUUGUGCUGUACGAAAUUUUGAUUUAUCGUGAACGUUUCGUCGACAGUAUAUAAAUAGAGUACGGGGGUGUUAUAAACGUAAAUAACACACCUGGAAUUUUGUAUCUUCGCGAACGUGACCUGACAGAAACGCACCGGGAUAUCCAAAAAUAAGCACGAGAAAGGGGCUCUCAAUUGCUGAGGCCGAACGAGUACAUUUGGACCGUAAAAGAGUGGAGGGCAGGAGCGUCCAUGACAGCGAGACACGCCCCUUGCACUCCACGAGUCCAUGUGCACUCAAAUCAUUACACCAACACAGCAUGAAUUCACUGAUAAAUAAUCAAUAUCUUAUGUUUCUACACACAUAUCAAAUAUAUGUUAUUUCACCACGAACACAAUAUAUUAUAAUAUAGAUAAUUUAUACUACAUGAUAUGAUCAAUAUAAAAAACUUUGAUAUGUCAUACACUUAUAAAAUUACAUACAUGUAAUUAUAACAAGUGAUGAUACAUGUAGUUAAAGUUGGAAUAUAAAAUAUAGAAAUAUAGAAUAAAUGACUCAAUAUUAAAUGAAAAGAAAGCACACGAAACGGCGGUAAAAUAUUUUAUAUUCUGUAUAAUAUUUAUGUUAGAAUCUGAUUUUUUCUUCUAGAUACCAGGCAGCACAAAAUUAUCUCAGGAUUUGGAAAGUGCUGGAGCUUUUAUAAGGAUAUUUAGUGGGAAAAUGACGGAAAUGGAAUUAAACGUUGACAACCUGAUCAGUCGACUUUUAGAAGUUCGAGGGUGCAGACAUAACAAUUCUGUCAAAAUGACAGAGAGUGAAAUCAGGGCUCUCUGUCUGAAGUCCAGAGAAAUCUUCCUCAGUCAGCCCAUCUUACUGGAACUGGAGGCCCCUAUCAAAAUUUGUGGUGAUAUUCACGGACAGUACACAGAUCUCCUGCGUCUGUUUGAGUACGGGGGAUUUCCCCCAGAGUCUAAUUACCUAUUCCUAGGGGACUAUGUGGACAGGGGAAAGCAGUCACUAGAAACCAUAUGUCUUCUUCUAGCAUACAAAAUCAAAUAUCCAGAGAACUUCUUCCUACUGCGAGGGAAUCAUGAAUGUGCCAGUGUGAAUGUGCAGUAUGGAUUUUAUGCUGAAUGUAUCAAAAGAUUCAGCACUAAGUUAUGGAAAACCUUUACAGACUGUUUUAAUUGUCUACCUGUUGCUGCUGUCAUCGACGACAAAAUAUUUUGUUGCCAUGGAGGGUUGUCUCCAGAUCUUCAGUCCAUGGAGCAGAUCAGAAGAAUUGUCAGACCCACAGAUGUCCCAGACACAGGUUUACUGUGUGACCUUUUGUGGUCUGACCCAGAAAAAGUUCAAGGCUGGGGAGAAAAUGAUAGAGGCGUGUCCUUCACCUUUGGUGCAGAUGUUGUUAGCAAAUUCUUAAAUCGCCACGAUUUCGAUCUAAUAUGUCGCGGCCACCAGGUUGUGGAAGAUGGCUACGAAUUCUUUGCUAAGAGACAGCUAGUGACGAUAUUUUCAGCCCCAAAUUACUGCGGGGAAUUCGAUAAUGCUGGGGCGAUGAUGUCUGUCGACGAGUCAUUGAUGUGCUCAUUUCAGAUACUGCGACCUUCAGCUAAAAAGUCACUUUACCGAUAUCAGGGGAGACCACUGACUCCUCCACGUAAAGCCCCCUCGAGCUCGCAUCAAGAACAAUUAAAAAAAGAGAAGAAAAUGGACAAGGAAGACAAGUAGAUAAUAUUUUAAAGACAGUUUUACCACAUUUUAUUAUGUAUAUAUAUAUAUUGUUAUUUUGUGAGUCUUUUUAUGCUACUUUUGUUACAGGAGAUAUUCUGAGUUUUGCAAUAAAAUGAAUGUUUACAACUGGAA